AUGGAAAUGAAGCGAUUACAACGCACGAAUCUCGUUUCUGUUAUUACAGUAACGUGGAUUUUUCAUGCAUUCCUUUGUCAAGGUGAGUUAGAAAAAUGGGCUUAGGUUAGUUAACAUAACAACAACAUGAGAAAAUAUAUUUUAAAACAGUACUUACAGUAGUAAAAUUGCAUAUUGAAAUGGAAUAACAAACAGUUAAUAAUCCACUGAAAGCAAUUUUUCCCUAAGUUUAUAUCCCUAUAUCUUAUAUUGACACUCAAUAUAUUACACAAGGACAGAAAUGAUGCUUUAAAAUUCAUACUUGUAAGUCUAACGCAUCACAGUAGUAGGGUUUUUUUAAGGUUUCAUCCUCAACAAGCCUAUAACUUUAACAAAAAAUCGGACCUUUUCACGAGUUUUAGGGCUGACGGGUUUCUCAGUUUUGAAAAUAAAGCCCUUGUUCUCGUGCGACAUUAAAAAUGCAACUGACAAAGCUGUCACGUUUGUAAAAAAAAAAACACGAUUUGUCGUACGACAUUUUUAGAAAUAUGUUAAGGUGAGCAUUUGCUAACUAAUCACAUUCGUGGCAAGACUUGACACUAGAUUUUGCAGUAAUUGCAGCCUCCAAAUUUGUUUCUCAGGGGCCGCAUUAGAAGAACAGGGCGGCACAUAUUGCUUCUCUGAAGUUUGGUUGGCCGCUUGUCCUAUAAAUUUUUGUAAAACAUUUGGAGAAUAACUUAUUAGCAGUGGAAAACCGCACAGACCUGAGACUUAGAUAUAGUGUUUAUUCAUCAGUGUUCGAUAAUAACUUAAAGUCGUGGCUUGAGGCCAGGUAUUAAAUGGUUUCAGUCAAUGGUUUCAUAGUCUUUGAUGACUUGUCAGUGAAAACCAUCACAGGGUGUCCAGCGGCAUGGUUGCUCAAAAAAAUAGGAAAAUAGGAAACUCGGCAUUCAGAAAAUAGGAAAUUAGGAAAAUAGGAAAAUCAAUAGUCCUUUCGUCGACAUAGAUAGCCUCCCUGCUCCCCAUCAGGGCUAUAAUAAAGGCCACGAGUCCUUAGCCUUUACGUUUGCAGGAUUUAAACCAACUUUCGUGGCUUAGAAGGAGUGAAAAAGAUCAGUAACGUUUAGUUUUUUGGCUCAGUUACGCUGUAAUCAGAAUGACAUUCUUGACUACAGGUCCAGCGCGGUUGUUCAAAGGUGAUCAUAUGACAAUUCCCUUCAAGUUGGCGGCAAAUCUUUGAAAAGCUUCAAAGAGUGAAAUUUCUUAGGAUAGAAAUUUCUUACGAUUGUCAUUAAAGGAUAUUGAACUAAAAAGUCCCAUGGAAAGCUUUCCUUCCAUUAAUCUACAAUCGGUAGCUGGUUGAGAAUAUGAUUGAUUGAGUUAAAAGACCGCAUCAUUUUAAGUACCAAACCAAGCUUUCCGCGGUGUAUGCAAAAUGACACUGAUCUGUUUGGUACCAGAUUGUAAGUGUGUUAUGGUUAAGUUCUAAGAGGAACGUAACACUCUGCUUAGCUGUGAUUGCAAGAACAGUUUCGGAACCAAAAUAUUGAAUCCUUUGCCAGUUGCUUAGGAAUAGCUGAGAACAAGAGCUCACCAAGAGAGCUAGUGCCGUAAACUAAACUUGAGUCUGUUCUUUUCGAGUAGCAUACAGAAUCCAGCUGUUGAUUGGUUCUUUAAACAAGAAGCUGAUUGGAUGAUUUAUCUGAUCUGUGUUGUUAAAGGGCAACUUGAUCAUCUUUUCAGUUUCAAAGAUGAACAUAAAAGGGAGCAAGACUUCAAAAUAAUUACAUCAUGAAGUGUUCAGAGACUGAAAUGCAGUUUCAGUGGGCUAUGUACAAUAUUAUUCAAUAAUCAUGAGAACUAUAACAUUUUAUACAAUGCAUGUACAUGUAGGUGCACUAGAAAAUUAUACAAAAAGUAACAAUAAUUAUAACCAGAACCAGAACUCUACUGGGCAAUAGAGGUCAUGGAAAGAGCAAAUGUAAUGUAACUAAUAUUAUUUUUGCUAAUAUUAGAACACCAAAGUCAACAUACUACUUGCUUUAUGAUAAAGCUCACUUUAAAACACAAUACAACUAUAAUCCCAUUGUCAAUUUUGGCUUCACUAACUAAAAAAGAGGAAAAAUAGGAGGUUUUUAUUUUAAAAUAGGAAUAUGCUCAAAAAAUAGGAAAAACUAGGAACUGGACACCCUGCCAUCAACAUCCUCAUGAUGAGCUGAUUACCACAGAAAAUACUAAACGACUUCACCAACAGUUAGUGAGCUUAAGCAGAGGCGUCUUUGAGCGACAGACGACAACUCAACGUUCCCUUUUAAUAUUCCUUGACUCUAGCACAAUUGUAUUGUCAAGUUCUUUUACCCUUUUUUAGAGACGAUUUGAGGAAAACCUAUGCCCAAGAACGCAAAUCGUGCACUUUCCGUUCCCUUCCGUCGCUUUAAAACGCUUUUGCGUAAGAGAGCUCUCAAAUCCAAUGUUUUUAAAGGUAAAAGUUCUUUCAAAAUAUGCCUUAAAAAGAAAAAGAAACAGAAAAGAGACAAAGAGAAGUAGAAAAAAGGACGAAAAUAGGAAGAAAAGUAGAAAUAAUGAAUAUUCGCUAUCAUGCAAUUGCGUCAAUCAGAAAUGAAACAAGUAAAUCGGUAGGUGGAAUUACGUGUAGUGGACGUACAUUUCCAUUUCGUUUCUUGGCUGAAUACGGCAGGCUUUAAUGUUAUAUUUAGUAUCGCUUGUCACAGCAAUAAUUCAUGGCAACAAAGUCAGUUCUGGAUCAAUAAUUAAGUGAUGAUCUAUGGUCAGAACUGUUGCAUUUUCUUGUUUUAUGCGGUAAUGCUCUCUUCCCUCACAAGAAUGUAUUCAUUUACACAAGGGGAAUGCAUCAAACUGCAGAAGAGCAGUUUACUGAAUAAAAUGUCUUUAAACCCCCGUUUUGAAAGGAUUUAUUGUUUACCGUUAAGACCAAUCAUGACAGUUCCAUCUAAUAGCCAAGUAAAGCGUAUAGUUUCAAGUUUUCCCACAAAAUGUCCCAUGCGGAUUUCCUUGUUACAAGCUAAGGAUAACUAUAGAUAAACAUACAUCCCGCUUUGUGAACUCCUAGUCAACUUUUCUGUUUGCAAUCGAGACUGUAUGGUAAAUUAUUCUUACUUGUUGUCAGACUAUUCCACACUUCCACACACCUAAAAGUUUGGAACUAAGCAAUCGAUAAGUCAAGAAUGACUGAAGGGAUUCAUGAUGGUGAGAAGUGCAACAUAAUCGUUUCUCUAUCAGACUACAGACAAUUCCACACCUCUAGAAAUGUGAAGCAAAGUAAAGAAUUACAAGGGUUCAGUGACAAGGGAGAAGCAUAACAUAAUCCUUACUUUGUCAGACCAUUCCACACUUUCACACCCCUAGAGAUCUGAGGCAAAGCUAAGUGAAGAGUUACAAGGGUUCAGUGAUGAGGGAGAAGCAUGGUGACAUAAUCCUUACUCUGUUAGACCGUUCCAUACUUUUACACCUUUAGAGGUGUAGGACAAAGGAUGACCAAAAUAAAAAAGGAAUGUUGUGGCUAGAGUUGGACAUUUGUGUCUAUCUCGAUGGUGAAGGAGUGAGGAGGGAAGGGGCGGGGUAGUGUGUGAGUGUUAGAGGUAUGGGAUAAAGCUGUGCGGUGUAGGUAAUAGGUAAAGGGGUAACGUACCGUACAGAGGUGAUCACAUAAAUCAAAAGAUAAACUUUGUUGCUUUUAUAGGUCAGAAGAUUAAAAGUAAAUCAGCAAGUUUUUCAAGUUCCAUCAGCGGUGUAUCAUCGUUAUCUCAGACCAAAAUUCCAUCAGAAAGUUUAGUGGCUUCCAUCACUUCUCCUUGUUCACGCCAAUGAACGAUUACAUCCCCGUCAUUAAGUACUGAAAUUGCUUCAUUACGUCCUGUAACUUCCUCAAAGGCCAAGAUAACGCAAAACUCAAGAUUAUCUAAAAGUACAUCUUGGUCAUCUGGUACACAUUAGCCUGUUACAUUUUCUAUGAGUCUGGUUUCCAGAACUGCCUUUUCUACAAAGCUGCAACAGCCAACAAGCACACAAACAGUUUCUGUUAAGUCCUUUGAAACUCAAUUUCGCCGCCAACUCGAAAUCUAGAAAAAAGUUUUAAAAGGUUCAGUGAGACAAUAACGAGGAAUCCCAGAGAAAAAGAAAGCAAGGAAUUUCAGGAUUUUGCAGCGGAAAUACAAGACAAUAUUAACAACGCGCUCAUGACUUACAAGACAUUUCUUGAAGCUAACAGUGUCAUUUGCCAAAUAAAAGCAUUCGUACAAGGAGACUCGAAUAACACAGGAAAAAUGAAAAAUCGCUUGAAAAAAAAAACCUAGUCCGAGUCGCAGCCAAUCCAGUGGUGUUACCCCCACAACCACUAUUUCAUCUACGACUCAAAAACCAGCUGUCAGUCUUAAAGGGUCCGAUGCGAUAAUAAUGAUAAUAAAAAGAGAUUACAAUAGCAGUCUUGGAGACAGAGAGGGGGUAAAAUUUCAGGAUUUUGCAUGGGAAAUUCAAGAGAAGGUUAACAACGCAUUCAAAAGCUUAAAAGGAUUUCACUCGUUGUUGGUUAAGGAAAUUAUUCAGGCUAACAGUGUUAUUUAUCAAGUAAAAAUAUUCGUCCAGAAAGAAUCAAAUAUUAAAGGAAAAAUGGUGACGAUGUUUUCCAAAAACCUCACUGGGGUGCUUACUGAGACUUUCGGAACCACGCAAACGUCGUCCCACGCAACUGCAUUAACAACGUUAUCACCGCCAUCCAUAACUAAAGUUGAUUCGGUGAACUCUUCGACAAUUUCAACCCAAACAAAUCCGGCCAAAAGUCAGUCCGUUGGAGUAUCUUUAUCGUCGAUUUCGGAAGUCGGAUUGCAAACUUCUGGUACUCUAGCCACGUCUCAAUCGUCGCCAAUAAGCGCCUUCUUAAGUUUUGUGGCUUCACAUACCACGCAAACAUUAUCGCAAGCAAGCACAUUUACAAGUGUAUCCCUAUCGUCUUAUAUUGACUCUGAUUCAGUAAACCCUUUGGCAUUUUUAACCCAAACUACGGCGACCAAAAGUCAGUCCAUUGCAGUAUCAUUAUCGUCGAUCCUGGAAUUAAGAUAUCCGACUUCUGGUGCUCUAACUACGUCUCAAUCGUCC